AUGGCCGCGGCAGGUAUGAUUCUCGCCAACAGUCGUCGUCAUCAGCAAAGGUUGCGACGAAAUCGUCUUCCUCCUGAAGAGGUCCAUGCCGAGUUCCAGGUGCCCGUAUACCCAUCCGAUGAACAGAGCAUCGCCAAAACAUGUCAAGAAACACCUCUACAAUCAGCCUGGGCGUGGUUGGCUCCACUUUUCGGUAGAAUGAGAAAAGACGCAUUAUACCAAGGACCAGGCCUCGAUCAAAUCAUGCCUACCGAGUUGCUCCUCGCCAUCUCCGCUUAUCUCACCAUGGUCGACCGCGCAGUCCUAUCUCUGACGAGCUUCAGAAUGUGGACCAUUUUCGGAGAGAACAACUUUCUACUGAGUCUACCGUCUCAAAAGAAACUCGAGCUGCUGACGUUGCUGGAGAGAGACGUCGAUGAGCACAAAAACGGCAACGUCCUCUGCAGGCCCUGUCAGAUCUUCCACCACCCUUACUUGUCGAUAUCCACCGCCUAUCACAGCAGCACCGGCGCCAAGGGCAGCGGCUAUAAUCGUCCCUGUCUUCAGGAACCCGCAAACCCGCAUCAGAGACUAGUUUCACCCUAUCUCCACCGCACCCUUCACUUCAACGUCCUCAAGCACUUCCAUGCUGAUAAGCGUUCUAAAGUGAAUCUGUAUGGUCCUGAUCAACUUUAUCUAGUCGAUUCCGUUGCAUAUUGCCACGAGAGCGUUAAGGCAACGGUUAAACAAAUCAUGACGGGCCGUAUCUCGACACAAGGCGAAUUGCUCGUAAAGACCGUCACAGACCUUUCCGCGACCAGAAAUGACGUCCCUUACCUUUAUCAAGAUACGAAAUAUCUGGCAUCCGGAUGA